CGGCGCGAGGAUCCCGCGGGUCGCAGGCACAGGUCGCAGCCACAGACCCGAGCCAAUAGAUCCGAGCCAGAGCCUAGAGGGCGGCAGCGAGGGAGGGGUCCUCGGUGCCUGGAGGAAGGGGUCAUGGCCUCCAUGCUGCUCGCCCGGCGGCUGGCCUGCCGCUUCCCACACAGCCACCGCCUGCGGGCGCCAGGAUCCAGACAGAUCAGUCAAGCCGCAGCCAAAGUCGAUAUUGAGUUUGAUUACGAUGGGCCUCUGAUGAAGACAGAAGUCCCGGGGCCUAGGUCUCAGGAGUUAAUGAAACAGCUGAAUAUGAUUCAGAACGCAGAGGCUGUGCAUUUUUUCUGCAAUUAUGAAGAGAGCCGAGGCAACUACCUGGUCGAUGUGGAUGGCAACCGGAUGCUGGACCUGUAUUCACAGAUCUCCUCUGUGCCCAUUGGCUACAGCCACCCCGCCCUGGCGAAGCUCAUCCAACAGCCUCAGAACGUGAGCACGUUCAUCAACAGACCUGCCCUGGGAAUCCUGCCUCCGGAGAACUUCGUGGAGAAGCUCCGGUCGUCCUUGCUCUCGGUGGCUCCCAAGGGGAUGUCCCAGCUCAUCACCAUGGCCUGUGGCUCCUGCUCCAAUGAGAAUGCAUUCAAGACCAUCUUCAUGUGGUACCGGAGCAAGGAAAGGGGGCAGAGGGGCUUCUCCAAAGAGGAGCUGGAGACCUGCAUGAUUAACCAGGCCCCCGGGUGCCCCGAGUACAGCAUCCUCUCCUUCAUGGGCGCGUUCCACGGGAGAACCAUGGGUUGCCUAGCGACCACGCACUCCAAAGCCAUUCACAAGCUCGACAUCCCCUCCUUCGACUGGCCCAUCGCGCCCUUCCCCCGGCUGAAAUAUCCUCUGGAAGAGUUUGUGAAAGAAAACCAACAAGAGGAAGCCCGCUGUCUGGAAGAGGUGGAGGAUCUCAUCGUGAAAUACCGGAAAAAGGAAAAGACAGUGGCCGGGAUCAUCGUGGAGCCCAUCCAGUCCGAGGGUGGAGACAACCACGCGUCCGACGAUUUCUUCCGGAAGCUGAGGGACAUCGCCAGGAAGCACGGCUGUGCCUUCUUGGUGGACGAGGUCCAGACUGGAGGGGGCUGCACCGGCAAGUUCUGGGCCCAUGAGCACUGGGGCUUGGACGACCCAGCAGACCUGAUGACCUUCAGCAAGAAGAUGAUGACUGGCGGCUUCUUCCACAAGGAGGAGUUCAGGCCUAAUGCUCCCUACCGGAUCUUCAACACCUGGCUGGGGGACCCAUCCAAGAACCUGCUCCUGGCCGAGGUCAUCGACGUCAUCAAGCGGGAAGACCUGCUGAACAACGCAGCGCACGCUGGGAAGGUGCUGCUCACGGGGCUGCUGGACCUCCAGGCCCGGUACCCCCAGUUCAUCAGCAGAGUGAGAGGCCGAGGCACCUUCUGCUCCUUCGACACUCCAGAUGAAUCAGUACGGAAUAAGCUCAUCUUGAUUGCCAGAAACAAAGGUGUGGUGUUGGGGGGCUGCGGCGACAAGUCCAUUCGUUUCCGCCCCACGCUGGUCUUCAGGGACCACCAUGCUCACCUGUUCCUCAAUAUCUUCAGCGACAUCCUAGCAGACUUCAAGUAAAGACGCCAUUUCCACUGCUCUCUGAGGAAGCCCCGAUCUCAACAGUUGUCAAAUUGAUUAGUUUGCCUAAUUCAUGUUUUCACUUAAAAGUAUCAGAGGUGAAUGCAUACACGGAAGGGUUUUUUGUGAGGAGGGAACAUGUGUGGUGGUUUGCGGGAGGGGGAGAGAGCAGGGGAGGGCUGCUUUCGAUUUUCCUCCUGCAGAGCUAAGGGUGCACGUUGGUUUAAGCCCAGAAAUUCUGCUAGAGCCUGGACGUAGUCUUGGGAAGGGCCACUGGGAUCGUGGCCAUAUUUCUGCCCACCCUUGACCGACCCAGUAAUGGUUCUGGAAGCCAGGCAAGGGAGUCACACAUGCUCCUGGGACUGGUGGCUGGGACUUAGGGGUUCCAGUCCAUCUCAAGUGCCAUAUUCUGUAAUGAGGAUGCCGGCUGCCCCUGCCCUAUGCAAGCGAACAGCCCUCACCUCCUCACCCAGCCCCCACGCUCUGAGCACGCCCCCGGCACACCUCAGCGAGGGACAGGACAGAGCCUAGGAGGGCAGAGAAGUGGGGACAUGAGGACUGAGCUCAGAGGUGGCGGAAGGGGUCUCCUGGCCUCCUGGAGACCAGGACCACCCCUCUCAGUGCCCCUGGGGUUCCUCCAAACCGAAUUCUGUCCUUCACGGGGCUCCACCCUUGGAGGAUGUCUAGGUGGCAUCACUGUCAGUUCCCACUCGACAGCCUCCAUGCCCCAAACUCUGUCCUCCCUGGUAAAUGUCAGCCUGGGCCUGCAGCCUGAGAGUCCACAGGACACGCUUGAGCUGAAAGGUCAGAAGCACACACCUGUCGCCCCAGGAGCGCAGGCCCAGGGGCCCGGGUGGCAGAACCACACACCCCGUCUCCCCGGGCACCUGGGGGCCUGGGCUCGUGGACCCCUUAUCCCGGGAGGCUCUUGCUCAUCCACAUUCCCUCCACCACUGAGUGGACGCAUGAGUGGCUCGGCUGUGCCAUCGGGGCACUCCCUGCUGGACUGGAUUUCUUCUUGUCUUGAGGGAAGUGCCAUGAAUUAAAGGCACCAGAGCUCCGUGCAUGGGGUACAUUGGUUUAAGGCAGUUCCCUUGUGCUUGUCCUCCUGAAAUUAGCUUUUCCUGAGAUGACUGAGUGUGGAGAUUGCCCAGCAGAUGGUCCUUAAAUGCUUACGUGGGGCUGUGGCUGAGGCGACAGCUUCUCUGCUGGAGGUGAGACACUGGUGGAAGUGAUUUGACCUCAAAUGCUCCUAAAAGGAGCACUUGAUAGUCUGAGAGCCCCGAAGUAUUAUUUAGUGGGUAGACUGAGAAAGUGGCUGUAUUCUCUGUCCAAAAGGAAGCCACUUCAUCUCCUGGUGGCUUGGUUGGCUGUUUUGGAAGAUGAGCAUAACCAGGUUCCUGAUUCAGCACUUUGCUCUUUAAUAACGAACCAUCCAAAGAUCUCAAAGUGGGUUUUUCCUUUAGCUUUCACUCUUCAGCAGACCUGGUCAUCCAGGUAUUUUUGUUGAAGAAUGAAAGACACCGACGUGUUUAACAGACACGGACAGGUCCAGGCAUUCCAGUUCACUUCACAUUCCUGCAGUCAGUGCUGAUCUGUGGCUUUUGAUAAGUUCUGCCAUGUUAAGGUCAUUUGCGCUGCCGACUAAGGAGAGAUGUAUGACCCCCUCUCUCUGCAGCUCCCUCUCUGUCUCAUUUGUAUAUUCAUUUGUUCAACAUUCAGUCAUUCAUCAAACUUUCAUUAAGUACCCGCACCAUCCCAGGCCCUGUGCUAAGCGCUAGGAACACAAAGGUGAGAUAAAACGUAGUCCCUGCCCUCAGGGACUCACAUGCCGUUGGAAACAGACUCAAGCUAACAGAGUGGAGUGGCGAGCGCUAUGACCGAGGUGCACGUGCAUCAGGAGAGCAGAGGGAGUCCCGCAAGCCACCUGAGGGUCAGAGGAGGUUUCUGCGAAAGUGACAUUGGAGCAGGGUUCUGCAGAACGAGGAAGAGCUCACCAAGCUGACAGGGCAAAGGAGGGUGUUGCAGAAGGGAAUGGCACGUGUGAAGGCACGUCAGCCCGCGGUCUCCAGCACAUUCCAGACAACAUCCCAAGGUCCAAGGCCUUACUUGACAAACAUGCCAAGUGUAAACCAAACCAUCAUUCAUUCAUUGACUUCAGUAUGCUUUCUCCUGAGAACGUCAGCAUUGGGUGCAAAUACUGAAUGAGGUUCUUGGAGUCCAAAGGGUUCUAAGGCAGGGCACAACCAGAAAGUUGGCUCUCUUCGGUGGAGAGAGUGGCUCCACUAUUUUGUUCUCUCCCCAAGGGGCACUGACAGAGGGAUGAGAUCAUUUUAUCUGGAAAGCCAUUUCCAGAUAGAUUAUUCACUCCUUACCAAGAAAAGUUAGUUCCUCUACAAAAUUUUUAAGCCAUUUACCAAGUUCUUGUUGAUUCGGGGCAUAACGAGUUCCCGAGACAUCCUCUUUUGAGGGGUGGGAGUUUAGCUGGAAGAAUUUCAAGGAAAAAGAAUUCUCAGCAGAGCUCAAGGUUGUAGAGACUCAGAAGUUGGUGAAAACAUGGGGAGUCCAGUGGACAGGCUGCUGUCUAGGGCAAGGCCCAGGAAGACGUGCUUCUGUGGCCAGUGGUCUGGAAAUGAAUCCGUCAUACAUCAGUGCCAUAGAGUUUAGUAACUGUCUAGCAAGUCUUGUCUCUUUUACAGAAAACAAGGUCCAAUAACAGCAAGUCUUAGCACAUCCUCACUUUUAUUAUAAAUGGGUGUUUUUUUUAUAAUUUUUACUGACGCUCAGUAACCAUGCAAAAUUGUGCACAGCAUUAAUAUAUCUAUAUAUCUAUACCUAUCUAUCUAUAUAUAUAUAUCAGCUCAUGGUAGAAAACCAUAGCUAGGGAGCAUCGCAGACUUACGCAUACAAAGUGGUCUGGUUUACAGUAUUCUGUUGAUAGUGCCAAUAAAUGAUAAAGAAAUGAACAUGUCCCAAUGUAACUGAACAUAUGCACAAUUCCAUGAAUUAAAUCUGUUUCCUGUGUUAAUCAGUAUUCUUAAAUUUAAAAGAAUUUAUAAUGGAAACAU